AAAGGUACUAUAAAACCCAAAUCAAAUCUAAUUUCAAGUUCAUCUCUUUCAACCAACUGAAAUGAAGAUAACAGAGAGGUUGCAGCAAUGGGGUGGCAGAGCAAUGUCAAGAUUCUCCUUCAGAAACGCCACAAUCAUCCUUUGUUUCUUCAAUUUGAUCACCGCACUCUUCUUGAUUCAUGCUUUCAUAUCUCCUCCAAACUCCAAUCGAUCCGAUCAAGUUCUGCUUAAGUAUAUAAAGGAAUCUGAAGAAUUACGUCGUGCAAUGGAGCCUGUAGACCUUAUAAAACGAGUUAGGGAAAUUGAGAGAGAGGGACAUGAAGAAGUUGAUACUCUGCAAGAGAAAGAUGCUAAACAGUCUGCUGCACUUGACUUGAUAUCGAGGCUGAAUAACCAUCGAACAUAUUCCGAUGCUGAUAAUCAGAAAGCUCUAGAAGAAUGGCGUAAACGAAAGAUGGAAAGAGCAAGACAGCGUGGCCUCGGUAGAAACGGAACCACCGUCUCUCAAGAAUGAACCCUUUGGUUUCAGUCCAUUCACGCUUCAUGUCAACAAGUCGUUUUUAGUACGAUUCGUGUCUCAAGUGUGAAUAUAUGAACAUAAAGCGGUUUUCAUAUGUAAGUUUCUCAUCCUUUUGUAACAAGUGUGUUUUCUUUAUAGUUUGUACGGUUAACUAUAGUUAUAAUGCGAAUCACAAAUUUUUACUAAUUACUA